AACAGAGAUAACUACAUCCGCUCUUGUAAAUUGCUGCCUGAUGGAUGCACCCUAAUAGUUGGCGGGGAAGCCAGCACAUUAUCCAUAUGGGACCUGGCAGCACCAACUCCUCGUAUAAAAGCAGAGCUGACAUCCUCAGCCCCUGCCUGCUACGCUCUGGCUAUCAGCCCUGAUUCCAAGGUGUGCUUUUCCUGCUGCAGUGAUGGGAACAUCGCAGUGUGGGAUCUGCACAAUCAGACGUUGGUCAGGCAAUUCCAGGGCCACACAGACGGAGCCAGCUGUAUUGACAUUUCUAAUGAUGGUACCAAGCUCUGGACAGGAGGUUUGGAUAACACUGUCAGAUCCUGGGACUUGAGAGAGGGGAGACAGCUACAACAGCACGACUUCACAUCACAGAUAUUUUCCCUUGGUUAUUGUCCUACUGGUGAAUGGCUAGCUGUGGGAAUGGAAAGCAGCAACGUAGAAGUGCUACAUGUAAACAAACCAGACAAAUAUCAACUGCACCUUCAUGAGAGUUGCGUAUUGUCACUCAAAUUUGCUUACUGUGGUAAAUGGUUUGUGAGUACUGGGAAAGAUAACCUUCUUAAUGCAUGGAGAACUCCUUACGGAGCCAGUAUCUUCCAGUCCAAAGAAUCUUCGUCAGUGCUUAGCUGUGACAUCUCUGUGGAUGAUAAGUACAUAGUCACUGGCUCUGGAGACAAAAAGGCUACAGUCUAUGAAGUUAUCUACUGAAAAAUAUGAUGGGGAUAUAACUUUUAGAAGUUGAACUGGGCCAAAAUUGUUCUUAAUUAUAGAAGUAGAAAGGUUUUGCCUUUUAAAAAGGAACAAAAGUAUUGAGGUUCCAGACCUUGCCAUGAAACUACUCCGAUUUUUCAAAAUAGAAGGCAACAUCCAGCAACUAAAUAUUGGCUACGUGGACCAAACGGAACACUGAGGCAAGAUGGACAGAUGUAGCCUAGGUUUUUGACAUAGUUUUUAAAAGCCAAGUCUACUGAAGAAUGUUGGAGCCUUUUAUUUUUUUCUUUCUUUGUGACCUCAUGCAAAUUGUUCUCAUUGCCUGAAUAUGGGGGAUAAAUACCUUUCUGUUCCUUGCGGUUCAAGUUGCAUUCUGUCCUGUGUAGAGCAGUGGUGUCUCAGAUGAACUUGUUUCCUGGUUUUGCAUCUUGUGAUAUGUUUUUGUAUUUUUGUUGAAGGUCAAACGUUUGUAUAAAUUGUAAAUAUAUUUAGUUUAUUACAGUAAAGGUUUUAGUACCAACAACCAGUCUUCCCCCCCACCCCCUCCCUGCCUGCCCUGCUUAUUUAAAAUUAAAAACCUUUUGGGGAUAUAAGUACCUUUUUAGAAGCAAAAGCAAACACUAUGUAUAGUUUGAAAAUGGUGUCUUAUUCUUUAUAACUCUUCCUAGAUUCCUUUAUCAUACUUCAA